AUGGAAGAUCAAGCAAAGUACACGAAGCUAGAAGAAACAAGCGAGUCCGCAGACGAUAUCGACGCGACGGACAAGCAUACCAGCUUGGUCAUGAUAGUGUGGAUAGUGUCCAGAGGCGACAAGUUCCAUGUUCCGCAUGUUGUCGAUUGCGACUGUGGGAGUAGUAUAAAAGAAGCCGAAGCAAAAGGUUGUCGGUUUGACUCUCUCGCUGUUUCAUGGCUUCCACCCCUCUGUCGCGAUGAUAAAUUACUGGAUGAAUUCGAACGCGCUGGUCCUGGUCCCGAAGGAGCUUGGCUGUACUAUGCGGACUCAGAAGCUACAAAGCCCAUGACCUUGGACGAAGUGGCCAGUCUUGCCGAACUACCCCUGACAGAAGCUACUUUUUUGCGUCUUUCGAAUGGCAUCUCAUGCAUUGUUCGUUUUACUGGCGAAAAGAGUUUCGCAUGCGUAAUCGAGGGUUGA